AUGUCAGGGUUUCAAAACCUCGGUGCCAUAGCAGACAAUGCAGUACCAGCACCAACAGCAUCAGAAAUACCAACACCAGCUCGCGGCAAAGAAAUGCGCGCAAACCUCUUGAACAAGCUCCGUGCACCGCCUCUUGUACAUGCCUGGGACUUCUGGCACGAUCGUCAAGACCGCGUUGCCACAACUACUUCAUCAGCAUCAGCAUCCACAUCCACAACCUCUCCAUCAACCACAACCUCUCCCACCACUUCCCCUGCUACAGGAACCCCCUCAUCAACAAACUACGAAGACAGACUGGUACACCUGGCCGCAAUCUCCGACGUUCGCACCUUCUGGAAUGUCUUCAACAACUUCGACGUCUCAGCCUUGCCUUUACGCGAUUCCGUCCAUCUCUUCCACAAAAACGUGAAGCCCCUCUGGGAAGACCCCCGCAACUUACACGGCGGCUGUUGGACCUUUCGCGUGCACAAGGACCGCGCCCCGGCAUUCUGGGAGAAGAUUGCUUUGCUGGCUGUGGGCGAAAAGCUGCAGGCUGCAGUCGAGAGCGACAGACAGCAGUUCAGGGAUGAUAUCUGUGGUGUGAGUUUGAGUGUGAGAUUUACGAGUGUGUUGGUGCAGGUCUGGAAUAGGGAUGCGGGUCAUGAGGAGGGUAUCAAGAGGCUGUUGGAGACCGUGUUUGCGAACUUGGAGCCAGACUUGAUGCCGAGGGAGAAUGGUUACUACUACAAGCCGCAUCAUGAGCAUGCUGCUUUCACGGGAGGUCAG